AUGUGUGGCAACUACUACGGCAACUCCUGUGGCUAUGGCUGUGGAUACGGCAGCUAUGGCUGUGGAUAUGGUGGCUAUGGCUCUGGAUAUGGCGGCUAUGGCUGUGGAUUUAGCCCCUCUUAUGGCUGUGGCUAUGGAUCCAGAUAUGGCUGUGGCUAUGGAUCCGGAUAUGGCUGUGGUUAUGGAACCGGAUAUGGCUGUGGAUAUGGAACCGGAUAUGGCUGUGGUUAUGGAACCGGAUAUGGCUGUGGUUAUGGCUCUGGCUGUGGCUCCUGGGGCUACCGGCCAUUGUGCUAUAGAAGAUGUUACUCUUCUUGCUGCUAG